CAGCUUCUGAAAAGUUUAUCAUAAAACAGUGAACAACAAUUAUUCCUUGCCCCCCUGUGGAUCAUCCCAAAACCAGUUGGAGAUGUAACAUGUCCUCCAAAAGAUGGGUUCACUUUCUUCAUAGAAUCCGGGAUGAUGCACACUAUAUGACGCAGCAACAACAACGAUCGAAUGGAAAUUUAGUAUCCUUUCUCUUGAUCUCUCUUCUGGAAAUUUAUCAUAGAACAGUGGAUUCGAGGAGGCUGCUUGCAAAUCAAACUUAGUGGCCAAGGCUGUACAUGAUGAGAUAGUGAAGUUGUAAUGGCUGCUGUGAUUUACCUCCAUCAUAUGAUAGUUGCUACAUUAAAAAUAAUAAGAUGCGUGUUGUGUUGACCAUGGAAGAUACAUAACACAAGGAGCCAAGUGGAGGGCCCCCAGCUGAUGUUUGUUCUGUUGACUGGUGGACUCAGGAAAGAGAGCUGCUUGCAGAGCCAAACUCAAAGGCUAAGGUCCGUGAUUAGAGUUCCUUGUACUUAGAGCUGAAGUCAACGGUGCUCUUCUCCAUCGAGACAUGUAUGUACGAAGCCAGAACUUAGGAGAGAUUGUGUCUGCUACAUGUCGUUUUUCACACCUUGCUUCCUCUACCCGCAAUCCAGCUUCUCUCUUUCUCCUCCACGGUAAUCGCAAAGUCAGCAUAUCACCAUGGAAGAAUCCGCCAACAAAGAUUCGAAUGACAGUGUUGCAGACGCUCCAAAACCCCGAUGUUAGACCCUACAAGACCGCAUGGAGGGUACAAGUGAAGGUACUCCAUGCAUGGCGUCAAAGUACUGGUGAAUCUCUUGAGUUGAUUGUCUCAGAUUCUCUGGGCAAAAAAAUUCAUGCAUCAGUUAAGAAGGAGUUGGUUACCAAGUACGCGAAUAGGCUCCCUGUUGGAAACUGGGUUUUCAUUGAGACUUUCGGACUUAGCUACGCAACUGGUCAGUUCAGACCAACUACCCAUCUGUACAAGAUGGCCUUCAUCACCGGAACUUUGGUGUUGCAGAGUGAUCCUGUAUCUGAAGAUAUGUUCCUGUCAUUGUCAAAGUUUCAGAAUAUCCAAAGUGGGGAAGCUAAUCCCCAUAUUUUGGUUGAUGCUAUUGGCCAAAUUGUAAGCGUUGGUGACUUGGAGAACCUGGAAGCCAACAAUAAGCCAAACAGAAAGCUUGAUUUCGAGCUUAGAGAUGAAACAGAUGAGAGAAUGACAUGUACCUUAUGGGGUUCCUUUGCCGAGAGGGUUUUCAGAUCAUGUCAACAUUCUGAUGGAAGCAUCAUCAUUUGUGUUCUCUGCUUUGUGAAGAUAAAAUCCUACAAGGGUGUUAGAUAUUUGUCUAAUUCCUUUGAUGCUUCUCAAGUCCAUCUUAACCCAUUGAUACAUGAAGUUGACAUUCUCAAACAAGCUCUGCCAAGUGAUGGCCUGACUCUCAUGUACCGUGCGAGACAACCAAAUUUGGAGAUUGUACCUGUUCAAAAUGAAGAUUAUUAUGCUUUCCCAAGGAAAAACAUUGAAGAGUUGAAGAACUCUUUCGAGAUUGGAAAGGCUAGACUUCGGCUUGGUAUUACAUAAGUUGUCGUUCUUGCAACAAGAAAGUUACUCAUAUCAAUGAUGGAGAGAAUGGUGAGAAAAACAAAGGCAAAAAACCGAGGUUUUGGUGUGACACUUGCAACAAACGAGUCACAAAUGUGGUUGCAAGGUUUAUGCUUUAUACUAAUGUCAUGGACAAUACUGGUGAGUCAAAAUUUCUGUUGUUUAAUUCUAUUUGCUCAGAGAUUAUUGGUGUGAGCGCUCCCACAGUUCUUGAUGGCUCAGUUGAUGAGAUUGUGGACCCACACAAUUUGCCUGCUCCAGUGAAAAAUCUUAUUGGAAAAACUUAUAUGUUUCUGGUGAAUCUUGAGAAAGAGAACAUAUAGGAUGGUAAAGAAACCUACAAAGUGUCCAAAGUUCUUGUGAAAGAUGGUCUACUCGAAGAAUCACUGUUGGAGAAUUCUUCUGGUAUGGUCAAUCCAGAGUCUAUCGUCUCUGGUGAUCAGGGACCUCUCAUGUUAGAAUAUGGUUCAUAUUGAAGCAUUUCUCUAAAUAUAAAAUCUAAAUUAAUCUAUUUUGUCUGUAUAAAAUGUUGAUGUACCAAACUGACAAUAUAAAUAAUAUGAAUCUUAAUGGGAAUAAAUCGGAGCUAGUUCUUUUAUUAACGAAGAAUUGAAGUGAGGGUUUACAGAAAAUUGACAAUCAAGGAUUUAAGCGUAGUUAAUACGAAAAUAAUUGUUUUUCUUUCUCUAAUUGCCUAAAAAGUGGAUCCCUUUCUCUGAUAACAACCUCUGGUAUUUAUAGUGGGUCAUUUACCUAGGGUUUCUUCUGUCUCUCUGUAAAAUGAAAAUUUUACCCCUGCGGCCAGAUGGGCCAAAUCCAAGACCUCAAACCCAAAGCUUCAUAAGAUCUUCUGUUUGGGCUUCUGUAAAUGUUGGGGGCAAAGCCCAUAUCCAACAAUGGUCUUCCCCCCUAGUCCGAUGUGCAAUGGCUUGCUUGAGCCCGUCGGUACAGUUCUGCGUCUCUAGGCCCGUCUUGCAGAAGGAACAUAAGAUUUUUAAGAACUUGAAGGCCUUCCGGAAGGUUCCUGGAUGAAUAGUGCAUUGCGCAUGUUUUUCGGGGAGGUUACGAAAUGAAUAGGGCAUUGCGCACGUUUUUCGAGGCAUCCGGGAGAUUCCGAGAUGAAUAGUGCAUUGCACACCUUUUUCGAGGUCUCUCGGGUUUUAAACGAGAGUUUUGUAUGUUCUGCAUGUUUCCCGAGGCGCGGGAAGUAGAGACAACUUCAAAAUUAGGGUUUUCCUUUUUACUUCGGUCAACGCGCUAGUCCCCUCCAUAUAAAUAUAUCUCUUUGACCUAAUUUUACUUCUAACUUUUGCUUCCUCCCACAAGGUAAUUUCUUCUUUCUCUCUUCUCUAUUAUCUUCUCCUUCUUAUUUGCAGAUUUUGGUUUGUGAGAGACAUGGUCUCGCCGCCGAAAACGUGUCGCCGUAUUGCCGUAUCACCGCCGCUUGGUCCGGCCGGUUUAUCCCGCCGGUGAUUGCUCCUUGCGGCUGGAUCCGGUCCUAGCGCGCUCAGCUCUUCCGCCGCCGAACUCCUUCCUGGUCGCCAAGCUUCCUCCAGGUCGUCGGCCUUGCCGAAUCGUUCCAAUUUGUCACCGCUGCUGACUCGCCGUUUCGUUGCUGCCGCCUCGCCUUCUCGCCGCCGCCAGGCUUGGUUAUGACCGGGAAGCUUUUUUGUCUCUCCGCCUCCAGAUCCGGCCAAGACCGUUAGGUGUCUUGGUCGCCCCACACCAGUUUGCCGCCGCAGGAUCCGGCCAAGACCGUUAGGCGUCUUGGUCGCCCCACACCCGCUUGUUCCUGCCUUGAUUGGGACCGUUAGGCGUCCUGGUCAGGUCUCCACGCGAGAUGAGAUGAUGGUGAGCAGAUUUCGAUAGAGAGGAGGGGCGGAGCGAGGAUCUUUGUUGGCGAAGUGGGGAUUCUUGACGGCGAGGUGGCGAGCUGGAGAGAGCUGGAUGUUGGCGAGAUGGGCUCCGUACGAUGAUGACGAGGUCAAGGUUGGUUGCGACUUUCGGAGACGAAGUGGUGAUGCUACGAGGCGGAGGCGUUGGUGUAGCGAGAUGACCGUCUUGGUACGUUGUUGGGAACAAGCUGACCGUUGGCGAGCUCAAGAAAAUAGAGGACUCAGGUUGGUGAGGUGGAGAUUGGCGAGCGCGCGCGUGGAGAUGUGGUCUGGCGAGAUGGCGUGUUGGCAAUAUGGAUUGACGGGGGUUUGUCUGUACAGUGGUGUGUUCAUGGAUCUAUCCUCGUUGGGAGUUUUAAGGCGUAGACAGAGAAUGGCGAGGUCGUGCUCGUUACAAGGGGGCCAUACGCUUGACAAAAGAGAUUGCGAGAUGGGAUGGCGAGCUCGCACACGUGUUCGUCGGGCGUGUUCCUGUGAUAUGUGCCAAGUUCGAUGUGCGUCCGAUUGGUGAGAUGGUGUUCUCGCAGGUGUCUCCGCGAGAUAAGAUAGGACGCAGUACGCAGUAUGCGGUACGUAGUACGCAGUACGUGGUGCACAGUACAUAGAACGCAGGACAGUGCACGGUUCGCAGUACACGGUACAAAGGACGCAGUGCGCGGUACGCAGGACGCAAGACAGUGCGCGGGACGCAGUACACAGUACGCAGCACACAGUACGUUUGGGUGUGUUCGUAAGUUUUUUGUUAGCUUUCACACCUCAAGACUUGUUCACGGACCGGAUUGCAAAUGGGAGACUGCCCGAUGCCAUGCUACACUGACUUGUUCGAUGCCGAGGAUGUUCUGCUGUCGCAACCGAGGUUAUUGCACCAAAUGCCGAGAUCGGAGCGGAGAUUGUUACGGUGGAGCCUGAGGAUGGCGAGGUGGCUGUCCUCGGGGGUGAUCCUAGUCGUAGAACUCGUGUAGCCGAAGUUGUUGCGACUCGUGUUGCGAAGAAGCCUUCUUCAAGACCCCGUGGGAGGGCUCCUGCAGCUGGAGGUGGCAAUCAUUCUCGAAAGAGGGCGUCGCGCUCGAGUCCUCGGAGUGAUGCUGGAGGAAACCCUAGACGUAGCCACUAUGCAGAGGAUGGUCGUGCGGGCAUCGAUCACUCGUUCUCCUUUCGCUAUGAUGUGAAAGACCUGGCGUUUUGCGGUUACUCGCGUGCUUGCGCGGAUCUUGCCAGCAAGAUUCCUGGGGACUUCGUUCCUCUCCCGUCUCCCAGCGUUUUGGCUUGUUCGUCUGCGUACUAUGACCUUGUUUGUCGGCAGAUUCAGGCAAUAAGCUGGACUAACCAUCUUACGGGCGAAUACGAGGAUAAGGUGCGUGCGGCUAAGAGAGAGACUGCGCUCGUUCAGGAUGUGCUUGUUCAGGCCGAGCGAUCGAGCAAGGAGACUGCAGUGCUCGUCAAGGAGCUGACGGCUUCGCUAAAGCAAUCCCAACGGAAGCUCACUUCCGAGUCGAAGCGACUCAGGAAAGCGAGAGAUGAGCGCGGUGAGGAAGAGCGUGCGAAGGCUGCUGAUGUACGAAAGCGACAAUAUAAAUAAUAUGAAUCUUAAUGGGAAUAAAUCGGAGCUAGUCCUUUUAUUAACGAAGAAUUUAAGUGAAGGUUUACAGAAAAUGACAAUUAAGGAGCUAAGCUCAGUUAAUACGAAAAUAAUUGUUCUUUUC